AUAUGUAUAAAUAUGCACAAUAAAAAUUUAAGCUCAAAAAAGUAAUAAAAGUAUAUGUAAAAAAGAUGAACUUUAUGAAACUUGGGUUCAUUAUUUCUCAUAUCCAAGAAGAGACCGUCUUAUUACUUCCAGAAAAAAAAUUUCCAACUACAGAAAAGAAAAAGACAGAUUUCUGUGGAUUUUUGAUCAAAACCAAAGAACAUGGAGAAAUUGGCUUUCAAGUUAAAAAACUGAAUGAUGCGAUAACUAAAAAACAAAAUGAUUGGAAUCCAUUUUUUGUUUCAUCUGUGGCAGAGAAUGAGAGAAAAACCAUGAUUUAUGUUACAUUAAACAGAAAAAAUGUUAUACAAACAUUGCUAAAACACUUUUGUUUAAAAAAAAAUGAACAAGAUUUUAUGAACACAAAACAUGAAACAGAAAUGCUUGGUUUAGUCAAUUCCUUGGAAAAAACGUCUUUUAGCAAUUCUAACUUAUUAGAAACUAAAGAUCAGCAAGACAAAAAUGAAAAAAAGUCAUCUUUUAACAACUCUGAUUUAAUAAAAAUUGAAGGUCAGCAAGACAAAAUAGAGAAAAGUAACAUUUUACUUAUCUCCCAUGUUUUUGAUGAUUUACAAAGUGUUGUUGCUAUGAGAAUUUCUUUAUUGACACAUUUUUUACAUAAGCUUACAUGUUCAAAUCUGAUUCCGGCUUGCAUAUUUUCAGAAGUUGAUACUGUCCAGUAUAUGCACCAAGAGAAGUUUCAUUCUAUCAAUCUUUAUGUUAAAGAAAAUUUCAAAGAAGUUGAAGACUUACCUAACAUUUUGAAGAAACUCUGUGACAGUAAAUAUUGCUUGAAAAAUGGCAAUCUUAUAUCUAUUGAUGGUAAAAGGUUUCUCAAUGAAAAUUUUAUUGGAGAAUUUCUAAAAGAUAUUCGAUUUAUACCAAUUUUGUUAAAUAAUGAAGUGACCAAUGUUGUCAAGGUAGCUGCUUGUAUUAACAGUUUAUCAACAAGAGAGAAGCAGAAGAUGGUGCAUAUUUUGCCUCAGAAAUAUUAUCACAGCUUGCUGCAAUCAUAUGUGUUGCUCAAUAUAAUUAAUCCAGGCUCAUUGUGUACUUUUUCAACCAUAUGCAUCAAAAACACUAAAGAUGUUCUAGAAGAAUGGCUGAGCCUCCGCAAACAAGAACUCUUGAAUUCAUACAUAUCAAAGUUUGGAAAAAAUGUCCAAGGAAACUCAGAAUGGGAAGCUAUAAUCAAUAAUACUGCUAUGUCAUCUAUUAAACUUGAUCUAUUUUCUCUGUCAGAGACCAAUGCGAUAAGUAUUAAUAAAAUAGACUCUCGAAGAAGUUUAUUCAUUAUGUAUAACUAUGCUCGAAUUUGUAAACUAUUGAAGACUCAUCAAGAACUUGUCACCCAAGGGGUCUAUCCUCCUAUAAUGGAAAUAUCUAACAUGGAUUUUACAGUUUUAUCAUUACAAAGUGAGUGGUGCUUGGUGUUGUAUAUACUAGACUAUUGUAUUCUUCUUUCAAACUUAAAAUCAAAAUUCUAUUCUAAAAUGUCAGAUGUUGAUGCUCACCAGAUAUACAAGUUCUUGUAUUAUUUAUCUCGAGAUAUUAGUUCAUACUACCACCAGACAAAAAUUCUUUUGGAAUCUCGAGAUCAUUUAUUUGGGUUAAUAUCAGCAAGAUUGUAUUUAUCAGUGGCGCUGAAAGAGGUAGCUAACUUCCAAGUUAGAUUCCUCAAACGCCAAAAAAUUGCUGAAUCCUUCUCUGGGCUGGUAUAAUGGAACAUAGUUUUCGGCUACUCGAUGUUAAUCCUCCUCAAGAGAUGUAAUUUUUCAUUUUUUGGAAAUAUAAAAAGAUUAUUUAUA